CCAAAAAGAAAUACCUCAACAACAAAGCAGCGGAAAUCCUACUUCUUCAGAAGUUCAACAUGAUGACAUACCUCAAGAACAAAUUAGAAAACAUGUUUUCCCUUCAGAAAAACAUAUGCACCAGGAAAUACCCGAUAAACAAAGGAUCGUUAUAGAGAAUAUAAUGUGCACCGACAUAGAUGGUGAUGGCGCUGAAAAGGUUAAGGGCUUCGUCACAAUCUAUGACUUUGGAGGGGAGAAGGUGUUCUACAACACGCACCACUGUUUCAUGUCAAGCAACAUGGUCUUCGUUCUGGUGUUCGACGUCGCUAUGUGUCUCGAUCCAAGCCGAAAAAGGGAAGGCUAUGAAAGAAUCGAAUUCUGGCUGAGGUCCAUCGCUACCUAUGCUAUUGACCAAGCAGCACAUGGUAAAGGAACUCCUCCUAUCAUCCUCGUGGGAUCACACAUGGACAUUGCUUCUUCUAAUAAGGAAGAUCAAACAAGAUUAUUUGACUCAGUGAUAGCACAGCUGAACGAGAAUACAGAAAUUCGUGGAAUUAUUAAAACCCUCGUCCAUGAAAUGUUUCCCAUUGCACAUCUAAAUAUUUCAACUGGAAAGCAAACUACCUACUUGAAUGUGUGGAAGAAGAUAAUAGAGGUUGCCCCGCUCCAAUCUCAGUGGAUGAAACCCGUACCUGCAAGAUGGGUCGCCUUUGAACACGAGUUGGUGAGACUGAAAAAUGAAAGCAAUGCUAUCCUGACAUAUGCUGAUUUGUUGGAAAUCAACAGGGAGUUAGCAGUGCCAUUAGAAGAAGAUGACAUCAUCCAAUUCAUAUGGAAACUGAAGUUUUUCGGAUCUUUUCUGUGCUUUGAUCUCCAUAGCAAAUCACCAUUCAUCGUUCUUCGAGCACAGUGGAUAAUAGAUGCAUUCAAAGCCAUUAUAACCGACCGAAAGUUUACUUCCAAACUAACGGCGAAGCAGAGACUUCAGUGGUCGGAAUAUGAAAAAUCUGGUAUUUUACCGGUAAACUUCAUGAGACAACUUUGGGGGCAGGACAAGAAAUUUGGGUUUCUUGAAAAAGAAGACAGACUCUGCAUCGCAUUGGAAACUCUCGGUUUACUAUCUAAACCACUGUCGGUAGGUACCGAGGUGGAUUACUUCAUAGUUCCAAGUAUUCUACAAACUGCAGAUCCCGAGAUAAUUGGCCCAGUGCUUGAUAAACCUGACACUGUUACCACUGCCACUCUUUGCCUUAGGUUCGACAACCCUUUCAUCCCACAGGCCGUGUGGGACAAGAUGAUUGCCUCCUGUAUUCACAGGUUUCAGCGACUUGAACAGCCCGGACUUGAUGGUUUAAAGUUCAUCCGACGCGGAAUCGUUUGCCUUUCGGUGGAUUGCUUAUGGAACAUGAUCAUCAACUGCAGCGACAAUGCCAUGAAAGUGACAUUGUUCAAAGAGAAUACAGAUCGUUCAAUACCAACUGGAACUGGAAUUCCAUUGCUCCACGUUCUUGAAUUUCUUCUCAAGCGUAUUCUUGAGUUGAAUCACCAAAGUCAUCUAGGAUACCAAUUCUACCUUCAUAAUGACUACCGGUUCUCAACCGAUGAUAAGUUGGUGAAGUUGGACGAUCUUCUAGACACGCCACGUUUAAUAUGCUACGGUUUAAAAGGACCUGGCUGGAUAGAUAGAGACGACCUUUACGUCUGGUUUAAAGAUCCAAAUCACAAGGUGAAACAGGCUCAUAGUCGUAACGAUGACAAAAUGAAGGGUUUACCUGACAGAAAACUGUCAUUCAAAGAGAUUGGUAGAGUAUCUAGAUACAUCGGCAGAACAUACCAGACGUUCUUUUCCGAGCUGGACUGUCCGGUCGAGCUUGUUGAUCAGGAGAUGGAAGAGCACCGCCACCUCGCUUUUAGAUCUCGCAUAGCAAAGGUCUUUAUUCAUCUCCUCAAAACGAAGGCGGAUACUAGAUUCUUGGCUAUAGCAGAUGCGAUGUCACGACACGGGAUUGACCCUUCCAAGCUCGUGAACAUUCUGGACUCCAACAGGAAUGUUACUUUUGAUGACGAGACGUCGCCAGCUAGCGUGCUGCAAAAGUGCCCGUCUACGAAGGAUGCUUCGAUCAUUUCUGACCAUGUUGACAUCAAGACAUAUUUUAACUUGUUCCUGGAACUCGGUUUUUCACCCGCAAAGAUAGAUGACUUUGACGACCAAUACAGACAUAUAAAAACUCGCGUGAAGGUCACUGCCAUGCUGGAAGCGUUCAUAAAAGAGACCGAUCCCUGUCCAACGGUCAACACAAUACUCCUGGCGAUGCAUGAAUGCGACAUGGACACCGAAUCCCUGAUCGGAGGAUUAAAACCUCCAUAGAUACAGGAUGUUUUAGUGACGUCUGUUGUCUUGGAGACGUGAUAGAAGAUAUACCGGUUAUCAACUAAACCUGGUUAGGAGGUGAUGCACCAGUUGAACCCAUGGGAGUAGGGCGUAAUUAGGACGAUUGUAUCAUAGUUAAUAUUUGUGCCUAAAUGUGUAAUCAAAUGCAGAUGAACUGUUUGCUGUACAGUAGCUGAGCAUAACAUGGUAUGUAGUUACAAGCUUCGUGUUGCUGACUUAGGAAGUAUUUAUACUAGUAAAAUACACAAAUUGUGGUAUUAUGAAUGGUCAACAUUUUGUCAUUGGCUGUGUAAAUAAGACAUGUAAUGUAUAAUUUGCAAAACUGAAAAGUCACCCUUUAAUAUUUAAAACUAAAUACAAAUAUAUCAUGUAUUCAAUGGGAUAUAAGCUAAUCAAUACACACACAUGAUAUAAUGUUUUGUAAACAGCAUAUAUCCCUUAACGUCGUAUAUGUAUGAACUGUCUUUUGUACAUUUCAAGAUAUAUGUUAUUCUUCAAAGCAAGAUGUAAUUCAAUGACAGUUUGGUCAUUUUAUGUAAAAAUGCAUCUAUAACAAACCGUAUAUAUUUGGAAAAAAGGAUAUCUUUAUUUUUUUAGGAAAAACAUUUGCAAUGGAGAAAUCUAUAUCCGAGUUGCAUAUCAAGAUAAUGUCAUUUUUUUAAAGAUAUCAUUUGUUUCUAUUAGAUAUUUCUCUAUUUCAUUUUAAAAUGUUUCUCUUGUGUGUUUCUCUUUUUUAUUGAAAUUUAUGUCUAAGAAUUAGGUGAACCAUUUUAGUUGUUAUAUGUUAAGCUGGCUUGUAAUACUAAGCAAAAGCAAAUAUAUAAGUAAGUCAUAAUCCACACGUACAUGUUUAAUGUGGUGUCUGUGUGUAAAUACAUGUUAUGUACAUAGGAUAUUUACUUUAUUAAAUAUUCAGGAUAAUGCACAACAUUUUUGAAAGGUAUAAUCGAAGACAUAUAAUUUGUAUACUUUUCGGGCUGUGUCAAUAAGUAUAGUUGCAUGACCAUGGGCCGUUAAGUUUACUUCAUAUUAUCGUAAUCAAUCCGUUUCCAUGUUAAAACUAAGGGAUGGUACUGGUCUAACUGGUGAACUGUCUGGUUACGGCGAAGUGCCGUAAUAACGUUUAUCAAGUUAUUUCAUCGAAUGCUGUAUAUCGCAAUUGGCUUAAAUAGUACUGAUAUUAAUUACAAUGGAAUUAAAAUUAGCAGAAAAUUCCAAUCCGUAAAUAAAUGUGAAAAUUAAUAUCUCCAGAAAUAAAGUGAUAUACAGUAUGUUUCAUUCAAAAUUGUUUUCCAAAAUCAUCUCGCAAAAUAGAGUUUUAAAAUUUGAUAGCAAUUCAUGUAAACUUUACUACGACUCUACCAAACUUGUAACGCUAUCAAGUUUGAUUCACUUCCAGAAUACGACACAUUAUUUUAGCUCACCUGGUCCGUCGUCCGUCCGUCCGUCCGGCGUCCGGCGUCAAUAUUUUACU